AUGGCCGUCGAUGAUAAGCCGACUGUGCUAAACAUUUCCCAACACGCCUCUUUUAUCGAUAGCUAUUUUGAUGAUUCAAACGACUUUUUGAGGGUUGUAGAAAAAAUUUCCAUGUCCCACAUAAGGAUGAAUGUGCUCUAUUGGGCCACUGGGACGCUCUCGUUAAUUGCUCGCGACAAGCUCGCCGCUCGGAAAAAUGAUGUCUACUCGUACGUUGUUUCGUGUUGGCAGCCUGAAAUAGGUGGGUUUUCUCAUGUUCCAAAUGGCGAGGUUUCUUUGUUAGCCACCCUGUCAGCUAUACUUGUCUCUAUCAUUAUUGAACGCUUUGAGGGCAUCUUUUCUGAUCAAAUUAGCAAGGCUUCCGACGGAUCUUGGGUUGGGGACUGUUUUGGCGAAAGGGAUACCAGAUUUACUUAUGCUGCAUUUUCCAUCCUAUCUCUAUUGGGCUAUGAUUGCGUGAAUGACACAGAACGGCUCAAAUUAUCUGUUUCGUUCGUCGAAAAGUGCCGAAAUAAUGACAUUGACGGUGGCUUUGGAGCUGUCCCAAAUGCCGAAUCCCAUUCGGGGCAAGUCUUUUGCUGCAUUUCUAGCCUUUCCAUUGCGCAUCGAUAUUUUGGGAUUUCCCAACCAAGAGAUGAUUUAUUGCUUAGACAAUGGCUCGCCUUUCGGCAAGACGUCAAAACGGGAGGUUUUAAUGGGCGGCCGCAAAAGCUAGUUGAUGUAUGUUACUCGUGGUGGGUUAUUUCUUCGUUGGCUCAGCUAAAUUCGCUUCAAUGGAUAGACAAGGCGGCAUGCAUAUCUUUCAUCAUGUCUUGUCAGGAUUUGGACAAAGGAGGAUUUGCAGAUAGACCAGAGGAUGCACCUGACGUUUACCACACCUUUUUUGCUAUUUGUGGGCUAUCCCUUUUGGGCGAUUCAUCGAUAAGGUGCAAAAUAAACCCCGUAUAUUGUCUUCCUGACGAUCUCCUCCAACGGCACUUUUUGCACCUUAAAAGCCAAUAA